AUGUCAGGGUUUAGCUUUGGAAAUAAUAGUAAUACCAACGCAGGAUCAUUUUCGUUUGGUGGUAACAAUAAUCAACAAAAUACUGGGUUUGGAUCGUCAAAUACUGGAGCAUCAGGUUUUUCAUUUGGAUCAAACCAAAACAACAAUACUAGUGGCAAUGCUAAUGAAGCGUCAAAGCCGCUAUUUGGGUCAACUUCCACGUCCAAUACUGGCGCACCAACAUUCUCGUUGAAUAAUAAUAACAACAGCGCUUCCGGUUUAGGAUCCAAUACCAAUGCAUCCUCUAGUCCUUUUGGUGCUCCUAAACAAUUGGAAGGGGGACUCUUUGGUAAUAAAACACCGACAUCCAAUUCAUCGAACUUGUUUGGCAAGAACGACAAUCAGACUAGCAAUACAUUCGGGUCAAAUAAUGGCGGUCAGUCUGCGUUUGGCUCUAGCAAUUCGUCUACCCCAGCUCCAGCAUUCAAUUUAGGUGCAUCAAAGCCAGAAGAUAAACAAAGCGAGAAGCCAUCGGGCGGAUUAUUUGGUGCUUCAGGUGAUUCAAAACCAGCAUCUGGUGGUCUUUUCGGUUCCAAUGACAACAAACCGGCUACAGGUGGCUUAUUUGGAUCUAAUGGAACACAAUCCUCGUCUGGUGGAUUAUUCGGUACCAAUAAGGAUGAAAGUAGUGCAUCUGCUACACCUAAACCAGCAACUGGAGGUUUAUUUGGUUCCAGUGAAUCAAAACCAGCUUCUGGUGGAUUAUUUGGAGCAAAAAAUGACAAUAAUGCCGCUAACAAUUCUAAUGCUGGUGGACUUUUUGGUAGUAAACCUGCGAGUGGUUUUUCGUUCGGAGCAAAGAAAGAUGGUGAAAGUAAAGAAACUCCCCCCUCUACUGGACUUUCUUUUGGCGCUAAAAAAGAUGACAAGCCAUCAACAGGAUUCUCAUUUGGUGCUGCUAAAGACGGAGAGAAGAAAGACGAACAACCUGUUUCAGGAUUCUCGCUUGGUGCUAAGAACGAUGAAAAUAAAAAAGAUGAAAACGCUACAAGCGCCUUCACCUUCGGAGCACAAAAGAAUGAUGACAAGAAAGAUGAUAAGCCAUCAGCAGGAUUUUCUUUCGGUACUAAGAAGGAUGACGAAAAGAAAGAUGACAAGCCUUCUUUAGGAUUGUUUGGAGCCAAGAAAGAUGAAGGAAAACCUGCUUCAGGCUUUUCGUUCGGUUCUAAGACGGAUGAGACUAAAAAGGACGACAAACCUGCUUUAGGAUUUUCAUUUGGUGCCAAGAAGGAAGAAGACAAAAAAGAAGAUAAACCUUCUUCAGGAUUCUC